AAUAGAAGCAUUAUAACAAUCUGAAACGAGUUAUCAGAUUUAUUCAUAAGAUUGUCCUCUAACAAAACUCGCGUAGGCUUAUUAUUAAGCUGAGGAUCACAAAAUGGCUGAUUAUGACGCUUCAAAAUGGCGUGAAGCAUUUCGCAUCAGCAGCGCUAAACUGGGCGUAGCGCUCGCCGUUAUAAAGAGCAAGCCUGUGGGGAAGAGCGGUCGGCAACACGCAGAAGAUUUGGCUGUUAGAUUCAAACAGCAGGAGGAAAACUGGAAAAGAAAAGCAGAGGAUCUCAAGGAAGAAGUUUUAAGUCUGAAGCAGGAGCUGUUGCUCAGUAAACUGCUGAGGAAGCAGCAAAAUGGUGCCGAGACAGCGCGGGGUGAGGAUAUAGUAAAGCUUUUCUCCCAGGAUCUCCCAGAGGCUCAGCUUUCGGAAAACGACUCCGGCUGUGACACCCAGACCCUUUCCCUAACGCCCGAUCCUGUCGACGCUGUCCUUUCCUCUACUGUUGUCCCUCCACGUUCCCUCCGACCCAGUCAGGCAUCAUUCCUCAGAGACGCCCAGGACCGUGUACUCGCCAAACACACACGGUUUCUCCACAACCUUUGUGCGUUACGCAGGUCAGAGAAGAAUCCACAGACGGAUGGAGGGGACGCGGUGCUCGAGGACACGGCUCUGAACAUGAUCGAAUCUCUGGUGGAGGCUCACCGAGAAGCCGGUGGAGGAAGCGCAGGAGACGUGUCUCAGCUGGACCGCUUCGUCCAGGCUUCACAGCUGGUCGUGCAGGCACUGGAGGGAGGAGGAGUCGGCAGGCGGAAAGUUUUGGAGAAAGCUGAAGAGUUGCUAGAGGAGCUGCUCGAGCUGCUGCUCAACAACAGCCAGCUAAAUAAGUUUGCUGUGCAGGACAAUCUGACAGAGUGUCUGAUCUGUCUAGGAGGCGCCAGCGUGCUUAGACCUGUGUUAGUUCAUCUCGUCCUGACCCGCAUCGUCCGCCUAGCCGAGCAGCUCUGGGCCGCCUGUCAGGAAGUUCCUGAGGGACAACAGCCACAGCAGGUCGACUGGGUCAGAUAUGACAACUCCUUUUACCUUUUUUGGAUCCUAGAGCAGCUCCUUCAAGCCAGGUCAUGUAGCACAGGGAGCGAGCACCACCACCACCUCCAACUUUCCCAGUUGGAAAAACACAUCCUUCCUCUUUCGGAUGAGUUUCCCCUGUUCGCUCUUUACAUGUGGAGAAUCGAGGGACUUCUUAAACCUGCUUGCACUCGAAGGACCUGAGCUUCAAAGCUCCUGUGUUUUUCUUCCUGACUUAGUUUUUCUCCAUAUCUCUCAGGCAAGAUGAUGUUAAAAAAAUAUAGACAGUCAGUGUGCAGUUAUUGGUCAAGUCCUUGGACUAAAUCUAAGACAUGUUGUUAAUGACAAAUAAACCAAGUGAACUGUU